ACGCCCACGUUCAGCACUUCGGCAGAGGCGGUCGCGUUUGACAAUUUGUGUCGUCGGUUGUCAUUUAUUUGUUGGUUCGAUGGAUAUAACUGGAAAAGGAUUUUCUGUCGAUGCACAAGUGUUUCACCAUCGCAACUAGCGUAGAUGUGAUUGUUUUUUUGCCAAAGGAUUUAGUGCUUUCGGAUUUAGUAAUGACCGGAAAGCUAGCAAAACGAAAGUAAUAGUUAAACCGAAGCAGUGACGCGGCUGUUGUGCAGUUUCGACCCCAAAACCGAAUGCCCGAACCAGUUUUGCUGUGUGGUGUGGUGGUGGUGCUGGAUGGAAAACUGUGAUUUGUGUUGCACGCCUUAACCGCUCGUACGGAUGCAGUGUUAAAGCCCAGUGAUGGAUUCCUUUUUCGGCUUCGAUACCAGUCUGCCGGGUGAGAACGACGAGGAGGAGGAGGAGGAGGAAGCUCGCCGAUUCUUCCAGGCAGCACCGCGGCGCACCGCCGAACUGCAUUCGCCGCUGCAACGGCGCCGAUGCAAAGAAGAUAUCUCGGACGAGGAAGAGUAUGACGCCCUGAAUGACGAAACGUUCGGUGCGGCGGACAAGGGCGACUGGGAGGACAUCCACGAGCAUCUCGUGCGGCUGGAAAGUGGCAGGAAUGGGGGGCGAACCGGUUCCUUCCUUGGGGAGGAUGAGGACGACGGAGGCAGCAGCAGUGUCGAUCUGCUGUUUGACGACUACGAGCUGGAUCUGCAGCUUUCGAAGCUUAAUCUCUUCUAUAGCAACAACAAUCACGGCAACAGCAACAACAACAACAGCGAGAGCGGCCGUAGCAGUGUGGUAGCCCAAAGCAUUGGCGAUGAGUUCGCGAGCAAGCUACGGCUGGAUCCGAGCAUCUGGGGCAGCCCGGCGAAGGUACCGGCUCCGGUGCAACCACCGUACAGCGAGUAUAGGCCCAGCGGUACGCCAUUUUCUGCCCUGCCACCACAGCAGAGCGCCUUUCGACCACCGGAACCGGCGCAUCCGAUCGGGGGAGGUGGCCUGCCGCCAAAACCGCCUCCCUCACUGCCACCGGGCUUGUUUCCACCCAUGAAGAUGCUGUCAGUGGAGGACAUUGAACGAACCAUCAUCCAGCAUCAGCAUCAGCAAAAUCAGCAUCAAAGUAUGCUGCAAAAGCAAAUGUCACAGCAGCAGCAGCAGCAACAACAACAACAACACCAACACCAACUCCAUUACCAUCACAACCAAUUUCACCAACAGCAGCAGCAGCAGACACUGCAACCAUUCCGCACACCGGCACCGGUCCCGGCCCAACCACCACCACCAGUGAAAGCUCGCGAACAUUUCACACCCGCCAAGGAGGUAAAGAGUAUGCAGCCGCCGAUCCCGAUGAUCUCCUCGCCAGUAGCAGCACCACCGUUACGGGUACCACCGGCGCUGCUCACCCCGCCGCCCUCGCUGCUGGGCGCCCGAAACGCUGGUCCCGCUGCCCUGUUCCCACCCGGACCGUCGCAGCCACCACCGCCGGCACCUCCGCCUCCCAUGCUGAACAACGCGAACCGUCUUCCGCUUGGUUUGCUGCCGUACAACAUGCUUGCCGCCCGACCGUACUCGACCCCGAUCAACAACCUGGCGAUGCAUCCGGCAUUCCCGCAGCGCUGCUCGUACGGUUCCCCGCUGCAAGGGUUUCUGGGUGGCCCCGGCCCGGUACAGAUGGGUCCGCCACCGCCGCUACCUCCCCGCCAUCCGGGACCAGCGCCUGGCGGGCCACCGCCCUUUUUGAUGCAGCGCAGCCCGACGCCCCUGCCGACGAACCAGUUCAACCAGCGGCUGGUGCAGGAAAUUCAACAAAACCAUCCGCUGCUCGCAUUUAACCGACAGCUCGCUGCGGCCAGCACGCUCAGCGUUUGCGGCAAUGGCGUGAACAAAGCAGCCCCGCUAGUAGCCCUGCCAAGGGCGGGUUUUAUGAAGCAGCAGCACCAUUUUCAGCAGCAGCAGCAGCAGCAACGAUCCCGAGUAGGCAAUGGAAUGCCAUCGAGCACUGCAGGCGGCGGGCAGCCAGAGGAGCGCGAUGAGUACGCAAACAUGAUGAGCAAUCGCGACAAGCAGUGGCUAAUCGGGAUACAGCUGACGCAGCUCAACUCGGACGCGCCCUACUUUAACGAUUACUAUUUCACCGUGUACAAGCAGCGGCUGGCAGCGGCGAAGGGCGAGGGCGAUAAUCGGAUCUAUCGCGAAAAUCAGCUCAACCAUCCGUUCACCCAGCCGAAGGAGCAUGCGCAGCUGCUGUUACUGUCGCUGCUGUCGAAGAACGGCAAGAGCGGACUGCUCGGCACGAACCGCGAACGUCGCAGUUCCGAAUCCCGCUCGAACCCGAACGGCGGUAGCGAGGGAAAGGAUGGCUCAGCGCCGGCUGGUGGUGGUCGAGCGUAUACCCCGCUCCAGUUUCAAAAUUCGCUCGGCAAGCUGCAGUGCGGUAGUGUGAUAGCGCCGCGAAAGCUCAUCGACGCCGAUGUGAUGGGCAGCGACCAGCUGAACGGAAAUGGCGUGCCGGCAAUUGAACCGCCGCCCGCCGCUAUCCAGCGCAAAGCUCGCCAUGUGCUGCUGCUCAUCGAGACGCUGUACAAGCUGGUGCUCAAGCUGGAAGAUCUCGGCAAUCCCGUUGCGAUCGAAGCGAUGAAAGCGCUGCGCGAAAAGAAAAUGCGCGAGCGAACCAGCAGCACCGGCAGCGGCAGCGGUGUGGCGUGUUUGCCAGAAGCGGGCGCCAAGAUUCGCUCAAACGACAGUUCCACGAUUGCGUCGCUAUCGAGCGAUUCCGCGCCAAGUGAGCCGCUCGAGCCGGAAGAGUCGUACGACGAGCUGGCCGGGUCGCUCGUAGCGCAGCUUUCGCAGGACAAAAUCACCUCCAUACUGGCCGUGCGCAAGGGGCGCAUACUGCUGCGCCGCUCGUUGGCCGUCCUGCACGAGCAUCCGGGCCGGUGGAUGCUGUGGGGCAUGAUCUUCGUCGCGCUGCCCUCCCUGCCGCGGAAGGAUCGGGACGAUGCGGACGGGCUGCUGCUGACGCUGUUCGGCGAGUUCGAGCGCCAGCUGCGGUACGGCACGAUCAAGGAGCUGCUGCUGGUGGCGAAAACGAUCGGCACUGCCGGCAAGGUGAUGCAGUGCAUCGUCAGCAGCAAGUUCCUGCUCUCCUGCAUCAUCACGAUCAUCUUCCAGAUGGAGAUGUUCUGUGGCAAGAACCCGUCAGCGCUGCUGAAAGCUUCCGAGGAUGGCUGGUGGGUAUCGUUCCUCGGGGACGUGAACCGCAUUGUGAAGGAAAGCGUCGGACCGAUCCGCAGCAGCAGCAUUACGAUCAACCCGGACAACAACAUCGUCCGUACGCUGAUCGUGCACUUUGCGCGGUUCGGUACGCGGGUCGAUGGGACGGAGCUGCUGAACUUUAUUACCGACAAUGGGAACGGCAAGCCCAAGUCGGGUAGGAAACAGUCGCUGCAAGAGCCAGGCGUUGCCAAGUGAAGAUAAUGCGUUUAACCUUGUGGAGCAAGGAGAAGUGGGGCGAACCAAUCCGUUUUUUACCGUUCCCCUCUUUGCAGGAUAAAAAUGGUAGUGUUACGUGCGCACAAUGCAACGCAUUGAUAAUUAAUCCGAAUUGGAAAUUUAAUUAUACUCACGUAAGAUGAUUUAACCAACAAAUCCUGUUAAUGUCGAUACUAAGCUUCGGUUUUUUAAAUUUAAUUUAAUUGCUCUCAAUCUGCUUUUCAAUAAGCGAAAUAUUGCGAUAUUACCAUAUAUAUUUUAAUGUGAAAAUCUAGAGAAGACUAGUUUUUAGCCUAACACACAAAAACACACAACCUCACACUUGUAAAGUGUGGC